AGGCCUACAAGGAACCUGGGAGAGGGCACUUUUAUGCAGGAAGAUACAGUAGAAACCUAGCACGUGCUGCUAUUGCCCCCUCCCAAAAAUCACCCCCCACAUUUGGGGUAGGGGGCAGCUGAGUAUUGCCCCAGGGCAAGGACCAGCUGCUGCUUUGAACCACCUCGCAUAAGGCAACAGCUCUGGCAUUACCAUAUUUUCCCGCAUAUACUGUGCACUUGCCUGCCCCGCAAAAUCCCUGCGCCCCCUCCCCCCCCCCAUAUUUUGAGGCGGGGGGCAUGAGGGGGGGAAUCUGGUUUCUUGCCCCAGAGGGAAGCCCCCUUGCUGUCAUCCCCAUUGUGGCAGCUGUGUUAUUACUGCAUUUUCAUGCAUAGAACAUGCGAUCCCUGCCCCCAACUCAGCCCCCACAAAUUUGGAGGGUGCAUAUCAAGCAGGAAAGCUGAUUUUUUGCCCCAGAGAGAAACUCUCCUGCCUUGAUCCCUGCACUGCAGCCUGGGCGUUACCAUCUUUUCUGACGUGUAAUGCACAGCUGUCUCCCAGAGGCGAGUAAAGGGGCCUGUUGUGCGCUAGAAAAUACGGAAGCUAGAGAAUGCCAAAGUAGGGGUGGCUACGGCCCUCCGGCCUUUGGAAGAAUACAGGCCUGACUAAUUCACCGAUCGUAUUUCUUUGGCUUCGGAUACAACUUUUAAACCGCUUAAAAAGGGGGAAACAUGGACAGCAAACGAUCAUAUUUAUUCAUGUAUCACAUGCCUGUCACUGCAGCCCACAUCUUCAUUGGGAAAGGAGGGUGGGGGGAAGUUUCCCAUGUCACUGCACUCUCCAGAAUCCAUUUCCAGCUCCAUUCCCUGAUUUUGGGGGGGAAAAGAGGCGCAUGGUAGGGGAGACGCGUUGUACGCUAGAAGCUACGGCAGAGCCCGACAAUGGCGGCUGGUAGCAGCUACGCCGCCGUCCGCGACCACCGCCAGGAGCUCGUGGACAUCAUCGGGCGCGAUCCCGAGAACACCCUGGACGAGCUGGUGGCCCAGUCGCUCCUCAGCGAGGACGAAUACGACGCCCUCAACCAGACGCCAGGGGCAGGGCCCAAGGUCAGGAAGCUGCUCAUUUGCAUUCAGAAGAAGGGGGAGGCGGCUUGCCGGGCCCUCCUGGAGCAGGUGGACGCCCUCUUCCCAGGCUCCGUUCAGGCCUUGCUGCGCCCGCCGCUUCCCCGGCCCUCGCUCUACGAUUUCUACAACCCCGAACGAGACGCGCAGCCAUCGCGAUUCUCUGAGCGCCAGGAGAGGGACUGUGUCCCCCCCGAACCAGCUGCAGGAGCGGGAGAGCAGGAAGAAGAAAUGCCAAGAGACAAGGAGGGGGAGGAAGACGAAGACAAUGAGCGGGAUCCCCAGGAGGAAGGGGAAGGGGCUGAGGGGGAAGCAGACACAGCCCCAGACCCGGAGGAAGAGGAGGGCGGAAGCCCAGAAGAGCCAGAGCCAGAACCAGAACCAGAGCCAGAGGAAACAUAUUCAGACGCCGAUUAACACCCCCCCCCCCCCCCCCCACAAAAGAAAAAUCAACAACAAAAAUCAAAGCCUCUAGAACAUUUAAACAAGGAGGUGAAUGAGGGAGAUGUGACAGUUGUAGAGAGGGAGGAAAAAAGUGAGUGUUGUAUACCAAUAAAUACAGUAACUGGCA